AUGGCUGAUAUUCAUAACAAUAUGCCGGCCAGGGCAGACAACAUAGAACACAAAACCACGGUCGAAAGACUCCUAACAGAGAUCAGUUACCUACAACGGGAAUGCCGCCGCCUCAACGAUGAGGUCCGCCGCCUGCGCUCCCGCACCACACUCGCAAAGAAAACAUACGACAGUGACGACAUACAGCAUCUCGAGUAUUGGUUCAGAAAUCUGAACAGGAAAGAGCCACCGCCGUUGAAAAGGUUCGGUAGAGCGCCAAAUAUCCCGGGCAUAGACUUCUACGUCCCUGUGCUGCCACGAUUUCUGCACAUGGUGCCGCCAUUGAAACAGGUCGCUCCCGCGCCCGCGCCGGUCAUAGGCAGUACCCAAGACUCCGAGGAGAGGGCCGGCGGCCUUGUGAGCGGCGGAGCGCAGCUUGAUGAUGAUGCAUAUGCCCGUGCUCAUGCAGCGGACGGCAACAAUGCCACCGCUGGAGGAGCCCAGAUCUAG